AUGUCGUCGUCGUGGUCGUCUCCCUCUCCGGCGGCGGCGGCCGUGUGCCUGGAUCUGGACGGCAACCCCAUCGCGCCCCUCACCAUCUGCAUGAUCGGCGCCGGGGGCUUCAUCGGCUCCCACCUCUGCGAGAAGCUCAUGGCCGAGACGCGCCACGUCGUCCUCGCCGUCGACGUCUACUGCGACAAGAUCCGCCACCUCGUCGACCCCGCGCCGCCGCACCUCGCCGGGCGCAUCUCCUUCCACCGCCUCAACAUCAAGAAUGACUCCAGGCUCGAGGGCCUCAUCAAGAUGGCCGAUCUGACCAUCAACCUGGCGGCCAUCUGCACGCCGGCGGACUACAACACGCGCCCCCUCGACACCAUCUACAGCAACUUCAUCGACGCACUCCCAGUGGUCAAGUACUGCUCCGAGAACAGCAAGCGUCUCAUCCACUUCUCCACGUGCGAGGUCUAUGGCAAGACCAUCGGUAGCUUCCUCCCCAAAGACCACCCGCUCCGCAAGGAACCUGAAUUUUAUGUUCUGAAAGAAGAUGAGUCACCCUGUAUUUUUGGUCCAAUCGUGAAACAACGAUGGUCCUAUGCAUGCGCAAAGCAACUUAUUGAGAGGCUUAUAUUUGCUGAAGGCGCAGAAAAUGGCCUUGAAUUCACAAUCGUGAGACCUUUCAAUUGGAUUGGCCCAAGAAUGGACUUCAUUCCUGGUGUCGAUGGCCCUAGUGAGGGUGUACCCCGGGUUUUGGCUUGCUUCAGUAACAAUUUGCUCCGCCGAGAGCCCUUGAAGCUUGUUGAUGGGGGCCAGUCUCAGAGAACCUUUGUUUACAUUAAGGAUGCCAUCGAAGCUGUUGUGCUGAUGAUUGAAAAUCCUGCUCGAGCCAAUGGUCACAUUUUCAAUGUUGGGAAUCCUGACAAUGAGGUUACUGUUAGGGAGUUGGCCCAAAUGAUGACAGAGGUCUAUGCUAAUGUCUCAGGGGAGGCACCACUGGAUGAGCCCAUGAUUGAUGUUAGUUCGAGUCAGUUCUAUGGUGAAGGAUAUGAUGACAGUGAUAAGAGAAUUCCCGACAUGAGUAUAAUCAACAAGCAGCUAGGUUGGAACCCAAAGACGCCUCUCAAGGAUCUGCUGGAGACAACAUUGACAUAUCAGCACAAGACAUACAAAGAAGCUGUGAAGAGGCAAAUGUCGCAGGCUUCAGCAACGAGUUAG